AUGCAUGAGUGAGGGGCGUGUCAGAGCAAAGUGACGUUACUGGUGACGGGGGACGGCAGCCCCCUCCACUCCUCAUCUCUCUGUGCCACUCGUCGGCCCACUUGGGCGACAGCCUUCUUUCUGUUCGGUUGUCCCACUCCACCGCCUACCCCCUCUUCACACUCUCUCACUCUACCUACACUUUUCACUCUCUUCCUACGUUCACUCAUGUACACAUCGCAGGUUAUAAAAGUACCCUGCGCAAUCGUCAGACUCUUAGUCAAUUCUCGAACGUUUCUGAGUGUGUACAUGUCUCUCUCUUUCUACCAUUACGUUUAUUCAAUUUGAAUUUCGAAGAAAAUUUCAACCGUAAACCUUCUUGCGUGUAUACAUCUCUUGAAAUUCCACGAAGUCGGAAGCAGUUGCAGCCUUGCUUCCUUCUCGGAAGUAUUUAUCUGGGAAUUGUUUUCUAUUCUCGUUAUUUCCUCCUUCAGUUUUUCUAAGGAUUACUUCUAAUACUUGCAACAUAUCAAAACAACAUGUCUGUCACUUCGGUUCAACCUCCUUCUGAAAAUCUUUCACGUCAUGGGAGUAACGUAUCCCUCUCUUGUCACAGUUUAUGUGAUAGUGUAGACGAUGGUCUUCAAGGUUCUCAUCCUCAAUAUCAAGAUACGAUUCUAACCAUUGAAGAACUCCGUGCUCAAUUGAACUCAUGCUUUACGUGUGGGGUCUCUUGGAGCGAGGAACAUGUCUCUCUUGAUUGUAGUGAAUGUGGUGGUUAUUCUCUUCAACGACCUUGCCCGCUUUGUGAUGGACGUUGUCACACAGUGUGGAAACGUGAUCUUACUAUGUCUCAUGCAAGUGGUAAAGCAAGAUGGAUCGGUGAAUGUGCUCUCAGUUGUGGACCUUCUCUCGAAGAAUCUUUGGUACCAGCUUUGGAAAAGCUAAGGGCAACCUCGUGAAUUUAUCAUUAUCAUUAUUAUCGCCAUCAUAAUCGUCAUCAUCAUUAUCGUUGCAUCGUCGAUAUUUUCGAGCAACGUCGACGUUAUCGUCGAAUCGAGCAACAAUGCAACCAUUGCAUAAGACUUAAUAAUCCAUUUCACUAAAUCCAUUUACUGUUUCUCAUCAUCCCAUGAUCAUCAUCAUCGGUGCGACGUGAAAUGUGUGCAUGUGGAUUAUUUUUUAGAUGUAUUGAGAAAGGGAGAGAGAGAAAAAAAGAGACAGAGCAUUCGUACAAACUUGAACAAAAAAAAUGAUUCCGGAAAAAUUUACAGAUACACAUUUCUAAACAAAAUCAAAAAAAGAAAACAGUAUCAUUGUCAUAGUAGAAAAAGAAUCAUUUUGAUCUACUGUACUUGAGAAUCCUUGUUGAUUAUAUUACUUGAACUUGACUAAAAAUAGUUUUCAAAAAUCACAAAAUCUCUCGAGUGUCAUAUUAGAAAUCGACUAAGAACAAAUUAUCUCCAUUAAGUUAAAAAAAAAAAAAAAACAACAUUUUACUUUCUUUUUAAGUUAUUCUCAUUCUUUUGAGUUAACUAAAAUAUAAUUGGACUUACAUAUAUCAUAGAUAGAAAAGAAGUGUAUGUGUGUGUGUGUGUGUGUCUGUCACAGAAGAGAUAAGUUUCAAAGAAAGAGCAAGAAAAAAUAUUUCUCGGCACGAAUAUUAAACUAAUAAAUAUCUCGAUUUUUAAAUUUAAUUAAACAAUUAAAAGGAGAAAAAAAGAAAAAAUAAAUAAAAAAAAUGUGUGUGCAUGCGUAUAUAGUUUGAACGUUUGAAAUAAUUAAAUUUCUUUUUUUUUCUUUUCUUUCUUUUUUUUUUAUAUAAUCAUUAAACUUUAUUCGAGUUCGUAAUUAAGACGGCAGAGAAAAUAUAAGACUUUGGGCAGCUAUAGUUAAAUAAAAAAAAAAUAAAUAAUUAUUUGUGAUUUAUAGAACGCAUAUAAAAUGAAGUGAAUAAAAAUGUGUGUUCUCGUU